CCCAGAAGGCUGUCCAGCGCCAGAAUGUGGCAGUGUGUGGAGACUUUGUUUGUACAACGGAGCUCAGGCUUUGCGCUGCGGCUUCUUCCUGGAACUUGGCUGGAGUGUUGCGGCUGCUUUUUACUUGUUGCUCAGUCUCUUUGCCGUUUAGUGGCAGUCACACUGGGACUGUUACUUUAACUGCUUUAACAUUGCUCUGAAGAGCAUUAAUGCUUCAAAGCUGCAGCCCCAUAUUAAGGUGUAGCAUGUUGGCUGCCUGUUAAAGGAAGCCCGAGCCAAAUGAAUGCGAAUGGAAUUAUCUCAAGAAACUGAGCCGUGCAGAUGUGUUAAUAGGCAAUGACAGGGAUCGAUGUGCAAGGAAUGGACUGGUGUAAUGGGUAGAAAAGGCAAGAGUGUGAUGGAUUUGCAGUAGUUCCAGGAGCGCAGGCAUGUGCUGUAAUGUGGCUGCCAGUGGCACACUUGGGAGACAAAAAACUGAAAGAGGAGACAGAUGAGUGAAACCAGCGAGCAGACACGGCGCAGCUCUCCAUGGUGCUGAAGCCUCUCUCUUACAAGGACAAGUCAGCCAGCAACACAUGGUUGUGUCUCAAUAGCUUCUCCUACAACCCUGCAUGUUCACAAAGGAAUUGGGACAUUUAAAACAUAAACUGCAGUCGCUAGAAAGACAUUUUUGCUAUUUGCCAGUUUGAUUAUCUUUCUUUUUGACACAAAAAAUAUUUUUUCUACCACAAGAAAUAUUAGUAGUAAGAGCAAUACUUGCAAACAUGGCAGCUGGAGUGGCAACCUGGUUACCCUUUGCCCGGGCAGCUGCCAUUGGCUGGAUGCCAGUGGCUUCAGGCCCCAUGCCUUCACCUCCCUUUGGAGAGAAGAAGCGCACUCGGGAUUCUUUGAUUGUCCUAAAUGUGAGUGGCACUCGUUUCCAAACCUGGCGGAACACACUGGAGCGAUACCCAGAUACUCUACUGGGCAGCACCGAAAAGGAUUUCUUCUUUAACCAUGACAGCGGGGAAUAUUUUUUUGAUAGAGAUCCUGACAUUUUCCGUCAUGUUCUCAACUUUUACCGCACAGGUCGGCUACACUAUCCACGGCAUGAGUGCAUUUCUGCAUAUGACGAGGAGCUAGCCUUCUUUGGCAUAAUUCCGGAAAUUAUUGGGGACUGUUGCUAUGAGGAGUACAAAGAUCAUCACAGGGAAAAUGCUGAGAGACUUUUGGAUGAUGCUGACAAUGACAACCCAGCAGAAGGGCUAUUGCCUUCAAUGAGCACACGCGAGAAGUUGUGGCGAGCCUUUGAGAAUCCUCACACAAGUACAUUAGCCCUUGUCUUUUACUAUGUUACUGGCUUCUUCAUUGCUGUCUCUGUUUUCGCCAAUGUAGUUGAGACAGUACCGUGUGGCAUCAGCCCUGGCUCGUUACGUGAGUUGCCUUGUGGUGAACGCUAUGCCUUGGCAUUUUUCUGCUUGGAUACAGCAUGUGUCUUGAUCUUCACUGUGGAAUAUUUGUUGCGCUUAGUGGCUGCACCUAGCCGUUAUCAGUUUGUAAAAAGUGUCAUGAGCAUAAUUGAUGUGGUGGCAAUCAUGCCCUAUUACAUUGGUCUUAUAAUGACCAACAACGAAGAUGUAAGUGGCGCCUUUGUGACAUUGCGAGUGUUCCGAGUAUUCCGGAUCUUUAAAUUCUCCCGCCACUCACAAGGCCUCCGGAUCCUAGGCUACACAUUAAAAAGCUGUGCCUCUGAGCUGGGAUUCCUGCUCUUCUCACUAACAAUGGCCAUAAUAAUAUUUGCUACUGUCAUGUUUUACGCUGAAAAAGGAUCACUUAGUAGCAAGUUCACCAGUAUCCCUGCUGCAUUCUGGUACACCAUUGUCACCAUGACAACACUGGGGUAUGGUGAUAUGGUUCCAAAGACUAUUGUAGGGAAGAUAUUUGGCUCCAUUUGUUCCCUGAGUGGUGUGUUGGUCAUUGCCUUGCCAGUCCCAGUAAUUGUCUCCAAUUUCAGUAGGAUUUACCAUCAGAAUCAGCGGGCAGACAAACGCAAAGCGCAAAAGAAAACAAGGCUUGCCAGGAUUCGCAUUGCAAAGAGUGGAAGUGCUAAUGCUUAUUUACAGAGUAAACGCAACGGUUUGCUAAAUGAGACAUUUCAGGGUUCCAGUGAAGAGGAACAACCACUUGUUAGGAAAUCUGGCUCUACAUUUGCAACCCAGCAUCACCACUUGCUACACUGUCUGGAAAGAACCACGAACCAUGAGUUUGUUGACGAGCAAACCUUUGAAGACAACUGUAUGGAGGUCUCUACAAUUAAUAAACCAGCAAAACACAGGCCCUCACUCUCAUCACAAAACAACAGUUUUUGCUGCUCUCGAAGAAAUAAGAAAAAUGUACGGAUUCCAAAUGCUAAUGCUCCAACUUGCAGCCUUCAGGAACUAAGUGCUAUACAGAUCCAAUGUAUGGAAAGGGCACCUUUGUCCAACAGUCGAUCCAGCUUGAAUGCAAAAGUGGAAGGAAAUGUUAAGUUAAACUGUGAGCAGCCGUAUGUGACUACAGCAGUAAUAAGCAUCCUGACACCACCAAUGACUACACCAGAAGAAGAUGGCAGAUCAGAAUCCCCUGAUUACUCACAAAGGAACAUUGUAAGGGUGUCUGCUCUAUAAACUUCAUACCAGAAGGAUUUUGUAUUAAAUGCAACACAAGCCCCACAAUCCGCUCAAAAGGAAAAAAAGGAAGAAUACAUUUAAACCUCUGAGAUUUUUCAAAUAGCAGUUGAUUUGCAUAAUUGUAAAAAAAUAAAUAAAAAAAAACCAGGAACAAUGAUCUCCCAUUGCACCCACAACUCUGUGACUAAGUACAUAAGCACAAUGAAUGUUCCCCAUUGAUGCUUUUUCUCAGAUGCAACAUUUUUAUAUGGAAAAACUAAACCAUAACACCCUCGCUGAGAGUAUUAGGGAGAAGGAAAAAAAAGCAUUACAGAAAUGGAAGCAUUUUGAUAACAUUUUUUCCCCAGAGGGAACAUUGAACUUUGCAUAAAGUAAUGUGUAUAAAAUACAUGCACAGCAAACCUAUUUGUACUUAUUUAAAUGACAUCUGUAAUGCAUGCAAACAUCCUUCGGAGCAGAGAUCUAAGAUAAUUGAAGCUGUUUCCACCAAACACUGGUUUUCAUGAAAAGACCCUUUCAGCGCACUCACAAAGGAUGAAAAAUGUUUACAGUAGCUAAACAAAAACAAACAAAACUGUUUUGGGAAUGGAACAGUAUUUAUUUACACAUUACCAUGGAGAUAGCCGCCGUACAGGAAUACAGAUUCAUUAUUUUUCUGUUGUUGUUUCGGUAACAACUGCAAUAAUGAAUUGUACGUUUGCAACAUCAUAAAUCCUAAAAUGUAUUCAACGUUGAUAAUAGAUAAGUGCUUUUCAACACUUACAACGAUUGGCCGAUCUAUUUACUUUUGGUGAGGGCAUGGUUUUCUUUUUGUUUGUGUUCAUUAAAGGAGGAAAAUCACUUUGAGCAAAGAUGACAGCUAUAUUAGCUUAAUGACAUUUGAAAAUGAAAGAUUUCCACUUUGAGUCUCUUUUUUUGUGCGUCAUUUGAAUAUGCAUGAGGAAUGACUGUUUUUUUUUUGUCCUGGAUGCUUGUAAAAAUGUUUCCUCCAUCUGUAUUGUUUUGUAGUGCAGGUCAGAAUUCACAUUUCCAACAACUGUGAAAUAGAUUCAGACUGUUUCUAAAUAUUGAAAAAAGAGCAAAGAACGGAUAAAAAGCGUAGACUCAACCAAGCAAAAAGCAGAAUAGGAGAUUGUGUGAAUUCUUAUGACUUGCAUCUAUUUUCUCCUUGUUCUCAGAUUUAUAUGGUAUAUAGAUAAAAUGAAAAAUUUAUAUUGGAUCUACAUUUGGUUCCAGUGUAACCAUUUUUGAACUCUUCUUAAAGGAACAGUUCAGUAUGAAAAUAAAAA